UUGGUUUGGAUGGCAAGCCAGGACCUCCCGGACCAAAAGGGGAAAAGGGUGAACAAGGGGACGUCGGCCCAAGGGGUGAUCAAGGUCAAGAUGGAGCUGCUGGCCCGCCAGGUCCCCCAGGACCACCAGGUGCAAGGGGUCCCCCUGGAGAUACAGGAAAAGAUGGCCCCAGGGGACCACAAGGCCUCCCUGGCUUAAAAGGAGAGCCGGGGGAAGCUGGAGUGAUGGGUGUAAGGGGACCUUCGGGACUAAAGGGUGAGCCUGGUUUUCCAGGGAGAAAGGGUGAUGAUGGGACCCCAGGACAGCCAGGGCUUCAAGGGCCUAAGGGAGAGCAAGGAAGCACAGGUCCCAAAGGAGAGAAAGGAAUAGAUGGAUUGCCAGGAUCAAAGGGUAAUCCUGGUGAGAGAGGAGGAGAUGGACCCAUUGGACCAAGGGGUCCACCUGGCCUGAAGGGGGAACAGGGAGAUACUGUAAUAAUUGACUAUGAUGGCAGAAUCCUGGAUGCACUCAAGGCUGCAGGGAAACAUAAAGUGAUGGGCCCACCAGGACCCCAAGGGCCUCCAGGUCCUCAAGGAGCUCCAGGACCAAAGGGGGAGCUUGGAUUGCCUGGUCCACCUGGAGUUGAUGGAGAAAAGGGAUCUAAAGGAGACCCAGGAAAUCCUGGGAUAAUGGGACAAAAAGGAGAGAUUGGAGAAAUGGGCUUGUCUGGCCUACCGGGAAUCGAUGGGCCAAAAGGAGAGAGAGGAGAAACCGGAUCCCCAUGUUUGCAGAACAAUCAUAUAAUACCAGAACCAGGACCCCCUGGAUUGCCAGGCCCUAUGGGUCCUCAAGGAAUCCCAGGUCCUAAGGGCUUGGAUGGUGUAAAGGGAGAAAAAGGUGACCAUGGUGACAAAGGGGCAGCUGGUGACACUGGGCCACCUGGUCCUGCUGGUCCCCCGGGACUUAUUGGCUUACCAGGCACCAAAGGGGAGAAGGGCAAGCCAGGGGAACCAGGAUUAGAUGGUUUCCCAGGUCUACGAGGUGAGAAAGGAGAUAAAAGUGAAAGGGGAGAGAAGGGAGAAAGAGGAAUACCUGGCAGAAAAGGAGCCAAGGGGCAAAAGGGAGAACCAGGACCGCCUGGGUUGGAUCAGCCUUGUCCAGUGGGACCAGAUGGACUGCCAGUACCGGGAUGUUGGCACAAGGGUGAAAAAACAAGGCUGAAAGCAAAAAAGAAAAGAAGACUGCAGCCCUAGAAAUGAAAGAAACUCAUUUGUCAUCCGGCCAAGUGAAAGGACUUUCAGCUGGCAGAGAAAACAAAGCCAACCCCAUUCCCUGCUACAUGCUCCCACCCUGAUGGAAAUGGUAAAGUUUUGGCUCAAUAUGAUGAACUCGGCCAUCUGUGCAUGCUUCAACUACUUAUGACAGAACUUGUAUCUCGGGAAGAAACGUACUUUUAACCUUCUGGAGUGUGUGGCUGAAGAGUUGCAAGAGUCUUGCUGGGGAUUCCGUCUUUCUUACCGCAGAAUCCAGAGAACCUGAGAAACCUCAUCUGCCAAACACACUUUUUAAAAAAAAUUGCUAUCUUAGGCUCAGCGCAUAGUGAGAACUCUGCUAAAGUCUUUUCUAAAGCAAGAGAGCACUUACACUGGGGGGAUCCCAAAACUUGGAAGAGGUCACAGUAUGAAAUAUGGUAUUCGAUUCCCUUGGUUGGUGGGGCUUGUUUUGUGAACAUUAUGUAAUUUGAUCUGCAUACUCAUACUUUUCCUCCACCUCUUUCUCCCUGUCUCUCUUUUUCUUUGCUGUAAAUGAGUUUGAACUCAGGCUCAGUCUAUACCACAUACCCACUCAAAAAUACUGGGUGAACUGAGAUUACAGUGACACAGUAAUUCCAUUCUGCAAGUUACCUUGACCAGUUCCAUUCCAUUCUUGAAGAAAUGAACACCCAGAAAGCCUGAUGGUUUCUCUUUAUGGGAUGGGGAGAGAGCUUAACAGUAGACACCAAUGACAUUGAAAAGUGUCUAGACAAAACUUGGAUGUACCGGUAAACAGGUCAUCGGAGCCUAUUUCCUAUAUCAGGUAAAGCCUAAUUAACCAAAAGCUCAAAACCCAGGCUUUUAGGACAUGCUGAUUUUGUAGGUGAUGUACUAGUAGGGAGUAGUAAGGUGGCCAGGUAGAUUGGAGAAACCUAGAGUGAUUACACAGCCAUCAAGUACACUGAUCUUGGAUAGGAGCUGCAACUGCAUGCCUAGCCAUACAGAGUGGAGUAGCAGUGCACCACCCACUGGGAAUGGACGGCAUUCCCAUCUUGGAUGGAGCUCUAGAACUGGCUGAGGAGAGUUGUCUCUAAAAGGAAAAAGUUGCAUGGCAAAAAAAUUGUAAUCGUUUGAUCUCUGUGCUCCUCCCAAUACACUUCUUUAGUAGCAUAAUGUAACUAAAGGAUAAAGAGAGAGGAAACAUCAAAAUUUUGUGCCUGUGGUGCUUACUGUGUUGAUCCAAGCCUUGUGUUUAGAUCAUUAUUCCAUUGAGUCUACUGGGCACAUGCAGGCUUGUGGUGAAGUGAGGAUACUGGGAUAAAGGCAGGAAUUACUGAGCUUUGCCUGUACAAGUUAACCUAGUGCAGAGUUAAUUCCAGCUCUAAUAAUAUGAACAAGGAUAAUGUGCUCAGUACUGUAUGCUGCUCUCCAUUAAUGUCUCCAAACAGAUGAUAGAAAGUUUCAGAAUGAUGCCUAUGAAUUAUCAUCCAUGUCUUGGUGCAUUAUUUCUACUGGAUUUAUUUAGGAAAGCCUCCUAGACAACAGAGUGCAUUUCCUGUACACUGAUUAAUGUUUGAAAUGGACAUACAGCUCAUCAUGACAGAAGAUGUGGACUACGUAAAAGAUUCACAGGAAAAGUUAACUUUUAUUUCUUAUAUUUGUCAGCCACUUGAUUUUGUAUUACUUGUCUUUUUUUGUUUAAAGACUAUAAAGGUGUAUGUUGUAUUUUUUACUUUUCUCUAUAAUUAUAUUGAUUAAAACUCAGAUAAGCUAAUAGGUCAAGAAACAGGAAUUAUAUAAUUUUAACCAGCAAUAAAAAUGCAUUUUAAUUAUUUCUAAUUCAUGAGGUGAGUUAUCACUUUUAAAGGGAGAUUCUGAAAGGCACAAAGGGCAGUAUGCACCCAAUUCUCUAGUUCGUGUUAACAUAGUCAAACAGGACUAUGUUAACAUGAACUUAGAUACCUUUUAGAGCACGCCAACAGGAUCUACAUGGGGCAUUUAGAGUACAGCAUACUGGAGUGCUUUACAAAUCACGCUCCUCUCGUGCAUUUUGCCAAGGCAAUGUAAACCAGCCCUAAAGCUAGAAUGGUUUAUUUCAUUCAGUAUUGUUCAGGGCAGUCUGGCUGUAUGCUGCACCCUGUCAUUUCAGUCAUGUUAAAGGCCUGAUUUUUGGUAACAGUUACAGUACAGUUGCCCUGUCUAGACUAGCCUAUGCAGAAUUUUAGGGAAAUCUUCCAUUGUUGGUCUAGCAUUCGUGUAGCACAAUCAGUGCAAGCAACAGUGUGAUUGCACCAAUGCUAUAGCAGAGGUGGGAGAUCUUCCUAUAAUUCCCAAUGGGAAAAUAUCCUCUGGCCUUGACUACUUUCCAAAUAUUUCCCGUCAUUGCAAGCUUCAGUCCAGUGCCACCAGCAUAUAGACACUGGGACCCUGAGGUAGACUCACUUCCAGUAUUUUAAACAAUCUGAUGAUGUAAGCCUGCCCUUGUGGGGGGGACUGUAGUUUGCAGUUGAUGCAAUUACAUACUUGGAGGUUAAUCGAGGAAUGUUUCUCCUAGUUAGGAAAGAGAGUGGGAGAAAACCCAAACUGACUCCAAGCUGAAAAUAUUUCUUUCAAGCCUUGAUAGUUAUUUUUGGUAGUUUGAUUAAGAAAUCAAGAUGUUGCCGCUUACAUUUUCUGUAUAUAUAAUGAUGAUGAACUUAUUUCUCUUGUAUAUUUAAAAUGUCUAUGAAUGUCCUCUCCUAAUGCUAAAGCUGAAAUAUUUCUUCUGUUUUCUAGAAAACCAAAGGAUAAAAUGUUUCUUAGUCAGCUUUUCAGUUUUAUGCUUUCAUAUGUUUGGUGUCUGAUGGUCUUUAACUAAACAAAUCAUUGAUAUGUUCUUUCUGAACUGGUCGUUCUUGUUAAUGCUAAAACUGGAAAGGAUGGAAUCCACCCAUGUAAAAAAUAUCUAUUAAGUAUAUUCCAUAUUUUUAAGCCUGUCAGAUAUAUUACCACGGUUAUCUACUAUAAAAAGGCUGUAUGUUUGUUAUGGCCAAGACUUCCAUGACAGAAACCCUGUUCUUAGGGUUGCUUUUUUUUUGUUCAUUUGUUUUCUUGUUUGUUUGUGUUUUUGUUUUAUUUAGUGUCAGUGUCAAAUUCCUAGAUAGUGUACAACUGGCAUCGGUCCACAAUGGAGCAAGGGCCCUUCAUGAUGUUUUACAAAUUUUGUCCCCAAUCCUGCAGUCAGACCUGUGCAGGCAGACUCUUCCACCCACAAGAAUCCAACUGCAGGAUCAAGACUUUGGUGUUCUCUACAUACCAUGUAGUGGAGUUUGAGUUUUCAACUAUUAGCUAAACACCACUAAACUGUAUUACGCAAUUCACAAUAAAAUAAAUGGUAUUCAUUUAAAUAUUCUCAUCACUUCCUAUGGCAAACAACUUAAAGUAUUGUUAUGCCAUGACACUUCCAGAUUUAUUGCCAUGACAAACAGCCAGUCUCUGCCAUAAAUAACCUUUCAUAAUGUAUAAUUAUGCAUCCUUUUGGCAGGAAAAUUCAAUAAACAAAAAUAGAGGUAGUACCCAUGUUUUGGUAGAUUGCAUGGCAACUGAAUGGUUGUUUAAUGCUGCCCCCUAGAGGAUAUGUUUUCCAGCAAAAUAAGUAGCUUUAUGUCAGGGAAAGGGGAAUAUGAUUUUUCUGAUGUUAAUUUGGGGGAGAAGUAUGGAUAAUUCUUUCUUGUAUUUUUAUGGUUGAAAUAUCUCUGUAAAACAUCAUAAUAUUUAUUUAAAGACAGUUUCAUAUUUUCAAUUUUUUUAUUAGUUUGUACAUUUUCUGACAUAUCACCAUAAUGGGAAACACCAUAAGCUUCUCAUUUGUUCUUAUUUAAUUGUUAUCCUAGUAAUUAAUUCAUGUGCUUCUUAGAUAGACACACACACAAAAAAUUGACUGAGAUUACCAGCCAGACUUCUUUGAGAGGAGAGAAAACUCUUAAAUAUUUUCCAUAUUGUCAACAGAUUUAUCUGAACAAUGAGCCAAAUGUACAAAUAGAGAAUUAAAAAUCUGACUAUAAAAUGUAAACAAUAAAAGCUGCUCUUAAAAAAAUUAUCCUGAGACAAGUACUAUAUAUUCUUGGCCCAGUUCUACUCAACAGAAUUUACACCAGUGUAGCUAAGAGUAGAACUGGACAUCUUUUUUUUUUUAAUGGUACUUGUUUCAGUUAGGAUGCACUGUAACCUCAGUAUUGCUUUCCCUCAUUUUAUGCAUGUGAUUGUUUUUACUUCAUAAGCAUUUUUUACUGGACAACGAUAAAAACCGAUUUAUAAGUAAAUAUUUGCUGGUGCACUUAAUAGGCAGAACUGGGCUUCCUAUCUGUUAGCAAGAAUUUUUUUUGAAGUAUUUAAUGAAGUAUUUUCACAGAUUUCAAGCUGCCCAAGUCACUUUAAUUUGCACGACUGGCACAGAUGUGGCAUAUUGCCUUGGGUGUUACUGACCGUGGCAGCCCUACAAGACCACCUUUAUGCAGAGAUUAACUGUUUCACUGCUAAGAAUAACUAUUCUAGGAAUGCAGAAAAUUAGGAAGGAAGAACAACUGAUCACUUUAGUCCAGGGGUUGGCAACCUACGGCACACGUGCCAAAGGUGGCAUGUGAGCCGAUUUUUGAUGGCACGCAGUGGCGGGCUGAGCCGCUCAGCCCGCUGCCGCUCUGGGGUUUCCGCCGCUGGCUCCUGCCAGCCGGGGUCCCACCGCGGGUCCCAUUCAGGGCCCGCUGCCGGCCUGGGUGAAGGAACCCCAGGCUGGCAGCAGGCUGAGACCCCAGCUGGCAGGAGCCGGAGGCCAAAACUUCAGAGCAGGGGCGGACUGAGCUGCUCAGUCACUGCUCUGGGUUUCCGGCUGCUGGCCCCUUGGCAGCCGGGGUCCCCGCCACAAUCCCACUCACCUUGCUUCCGGUUGGAGUUCCAGCGCAGGCCCCCUGCCACACAGGGUCCAGGCUUCCUGCCCUGCUCAGCCCUACCAGCCGCCAGCUCCACUCACCUCAGCUGCUGAUCUGGGGUUCCAGAUGGUUAACAACUGAUCACUCAGAAGCCUGUGUGCAGACAUUGGAAAACUCAGCAAGGAAAAGCCAGGGCAAGGAUCACACUAAACUGAUAAGAUCUUCAUUUUAAUUUAAUUUUCAGUAAAGCUUCUGAAACAUUUUGACAGCCUUGUUUACUUUGCAUAUAACAGUAGUUUGGUUAAAUAAUAUAUAGACAUAGAGAGACCUUCUAAAAAACGUUAAAAUGUAUUACUGGCACGCGAAGCCUUAAAUUAGCGUGUAUAAAUGAAGACCCGGUACAACACUUCUGAAAGUUUGCCGACCCCUGCUUUAGUCCAUGCCCACUGCAUUUUGUUAGGGGAUCAGCUAGUCUUUGGCAGCUGUACCCAAGAUUGUUGUAAAUCCCACAUAUGAAUCUAACCCAGUUUUAAACACUUUGGUGACUAGUAGUUUCAUAUACUUCCGUUGGUAGUCUACUGAACAUCAAAGUAAACCCCUGAGUACAAUUGCUCUUCUUAAUUUGCACCCAGUCUCUCUUGCUUAUAGUUGGUUCAUGAUUUAAUAUAUAAUUUUAAUUGUGUGACUCUUGCAUGUAUUUCAUUUAAUCAUCAUGAGCAAAAACGUUCUAGUAUUUUGUGGAAUAUGAGCCUACAGUAAGUGGUGAAAACCUGUCAUUUCAAUAAUUUAAAACUGGAC